AUGGAAUCAGUUAAAUGCAUUGAUCCCGACAAGGAGCAUAACUUUGAAGCAAUUCCACUUUCACGUGACACAAUUCAGCGCCGACAGUUUCAUAUUGCCGAGCAUCUUAAUCUAUCACUCCUACAAAAAUUAAAUUCUCAAACUACGUUAUUUUCACUUGCCAUUGAUGAGUCGAAUGAUAUAUGUGAUUCUGCUCAGCUGAUCAUAUUUAUUCGUACUCUAUCCUUCGAUUUUGAAAUACAUGAGAAUUUUCUAUCCAUGAAGUCACUACCUGGAAAUGUACGGGGUCAAGAUAUAUUUGAAAUAGUUAAACAAUGUUGUUUGGAAUUCAAAUUGGACAUGACAUGUCUCAUCAUUGAUUGA